AUGAUGUUGUCACUAAUGAACAACUCCCAGGCAUCUUUUGGUGACACAACUGUUGACCCCGGCACAGGCCCUGGGCAGCUCCUCAGGAUGUAAUGGCUUCUGGUCCUGCCUUUAGUGGGGGGGGGGGGGGGGGGGGGGGGGGGGGAUGUUCACUGCAUUAAGACCCCUUUUUUACUCAGUCUAUUUGACUAGUUUUCACUCUCCUCCUCAGAGGAGUCCUCCCCAUCUGCAGAAUCAUCUAGAACAGCUGAACUACCAGGUGCAUCCACAACUCCAACUUGAAACACAGGCACAUAGUCUGUGUCAUCUGAAUUGGAUACCUCAGAUUCUGAGUCGGAGGCACCAAUGGCUUCCUCAUCCACCAUCCGUAAAACCAUUUUGGUUGUAUAUGAGUUAAAAAGGAGAAAUGAAAACUGUGUUUAAUUAACAUUAAAAACAAGAUAUUGAAUAAAUACUUUAUUAAUAACAUUGGAUUUUAUUGUUGUAGCAAAAAAGAAAGAUCAGUUUGACGAGUGCAAUGCAGUGAAUUCCAUAUGAAAUACGGGUCGUAGUUGACCCACAUAUGAAAACUUGGGGUAGUGAUGCAAAAACAAUAUGCCAAUCCCUCAGCCAUAGUUUUAACAGGCAAAAUCUGCUCUGUUCUGUUCAGAAUCACUAGAAGCAGCAGGCAAGGUGAUCCAAUUUCUCCUUUGCUAUUCUUCUUAUCCAUGGAACCCCUGGCCCAGGCAAUUCACCAAUCAAAGGAAAUAACACCAAUUACCCUCAAAGCUACUGAUCACUUCAUGUCAUUAUAUGAGGACGAACUUCUACUAUAUGUAGACAGUGAAUUCCAAUCACUCCCAAAACGCAUUGAAGAUCAUAGAUAAAUUCAGCUUCAUCUCAAGUUAUAAAAUUAGUCUAACCAAAUCAGCCCUACUGCCUCUCAAGAUGUCGAUGGAGGGCUCCAUCUCUACUUAUGGAAUCCCAAUAGUUUCCCAUUUAAAAUAUUUGGGAGUAGAUAUAUUUCCUUCCUUAGAUAAAACCAUUGCCAGAACGUUAACAGAACGCUCAAAUCAACUAAAACCGACCUCAGUAGAUGGACUAACAUCCCAUUUGCUUUAAGCGGCUGAAUAUAUAUUAUCAAAAUGAAUAUAUUGCAAGAAAGCAAAGGUAACUGAACUAAAUGACUAUCGCCCCGUAGCACUCACCUCUGUCAUCACGAAGUGCUUUGAGAGACUAGUCAAGGAUCAUAUCACCUCUACCUUACCUGUCACCCUAGACCCACUUCAGUUUUCUUACCGCCCCAAUAGAUCCACAGAUGAUGCAAUUGCCAUCACACUGCACACUGACCUAUCUCAUCUGGACAAGAGGAAUAACUAUGUAAGAAUGCUGUUCAUUGACUAUAGCUCAGCAUUCAACACCAUAGUACCCUCCAAGCUCAUCAUUAAGCUCGAGGCCCUGGGUCUGAACCCCGCCCUGUGCAACUGGGUCCUGGACUUCCUGACGGGCCGCCCCUAGGUGGUGAAGGUAGGAAACAACAUCUCCACUUUGCUGAUCCUCCACUCUGGGGCCCCACAAGGGUGCGUGCUCAGCCCCCUCCUGUACUCCCUGUUCACCCAUGACCGUGUGGCCAAGCACGCCUCCAACUCAAUCAUCAAGUUUGCAGAUGACACAACAGUAGUAGGCUUGAUUACCAACAAUGACGAAACAGCCUACAGGGAGGAGGUGAGGUCUCUGGGAGUGUGGUGCCAGGAAAAUAACCUCUCACUCAACGUCAACAAAACAAAGGAGAUGAUCAUGGACUUCAGGAAACAGCAGAGGGUGCACCACCCUAUCCACAUCGACGGGACCGCAGUGGAGAAAGUGGAAAGCUUCAAGUUCCUUGGAGUACCCAUCACUGAAAUGGUCCACCCACGCAGACAGUGUGGUGAAGAAGGUGCAACAGAGCCUGAUCAACCUCAGGAGGCUGAAGAAAAUUGGCUUGGCACCUAAAACCUUCACAAACUUUUACAGAUGCACAAUUGAGAGCAUCAUGUUGGGCUGUAUCACUGCCUGGUACGGCAACUGCACCACCCACAACUGCAGGGCUCUCCAGAGGGCAAACUACCCGCCCUCCAGGACACCUACAGCACCCGAUGUCACAGGAAGGCCAAAAAGAUCAUCAAGGACAUCAACCACCCGAGCCACUGCCUGUUCACCCCGCUAUCAUCCAGAAGGCGAGGUCAGUUCAGGUGCAUCAAAGCUGGGACCGAGAGAAUGAAAAACAGCUUCUAUCACAAGGCCAUCAGACUGUUAAAUAGCCAUCACUAGCACACCAGAGGCUGCUGCUGCCUAUUGAAAUCACUGGCCACUUUAAGAAAUUGAACACUAGUCACUUUAAUAAUGUUUACAUAUCUUGCACUGCUCAUCUCAUAUGUAUAUACUGCAUUCUAUAAUAUUCUACUGUAUCUUAGUCCAUGCUGCUCUGUCAUUGCUUGUCUAUAUAUGUAUAUAUUCUUAAAUUCCAUUCCUUACUUAGAUUUGUGUAUAUUGGGUAUAUGUUGUGAAAUUGUUAGAUAUUACUUGUUAGAUAUUACUGCACUGUCGGAGCUAGAAGCACAAGCACUACACCUGCAAUAACAUCUGCUAAACACGUGUAUGUGUCCAAUAAAAUGUUAUUUUAUUUUAUUUUAUAUUGCUACGGCGGAAUAUCAGUAGUUCAAAGCUUCCCAUGUCUCCCCCUUUUGGCUUUUGGGAUAAAGUUCAUAGUGCAGUUUCAAAAUUCAUAGUGAUCCCGGAUAAAAUUAACAAACAUACAACGAGGGAAAGACGUAGGAGGACUAUCCAUACCAAAUUUGAAACAGUAUUUCCAGCACUAGCAUUUUGCCCCAUCCUAAAUUGGUUUAGUCAUCAUUCUUCCGCCCACUGGCUGAGUAUAGAGAGAAAUAUGGUGUUUCCUAUUGCCCUGGAAGAGGUGGUCUUCACUGAUAUAUCCCUUAAACAAUGUAAUAUGGUGUUUCCUAUUGAUCUGGAAGAGGUGGUCUCCACUGAUAUAUCCCUUAAACAAUGUAAUAUGGUGUCUCCUAUUGAUCUGGAAGAGGUGGUCUCCACUGAUAUAUCCCUUAAACAAUGUAAUAUGGUGUCUCCUAUUGAUCUGGAAGAGGUGGUCUUCACUGAUAUAUCCCUUAAACAAUGUAAUAUGGUGUCUCCUAUUGAUCUGGAAGAGGUGGUCUUCACUGAUAUAUCCCUUAAACAAUGUAAUAUGGUGUCUCCUAUUGAUCUGGAAGAGGUGGUCUCCACUGAUAUAUCCCUUAAACAAUGUAAUAUGGUGUCUCCUAUUGAUCUGGAAGAGGUGGUCUCCACUGAUAUAUCCCUUAAACAAUGUAAUAUGGUGUCUCCUAUUGAUCUGGAAGAGGUGGUCUUCACUGAUAUAUCCCUUAAACAAUGUAAUAUGGUGUCUCCUAUUGAUCUGGAAGAGGUGGUCUCCACUGAUAUAUCCCUUAAACAAUGUAAUAUGGUGUCUCCUAUUGAUCUGGAAGAGGUGGUCUCCACUGAUAUAUCCCUUAAACAAUGUAAUAUGGUGUCUCCUAUUGAUCUGGAAGAGGUGGUCUCCACUGAUAUAUCCCUUAAACAAUGUAAUAUGGUGUCUCCUAUUGAUCUGGAAGAGGUGGUCUCCACUGAUAUAUCCCUUAAACAAUGUCAACUAAUCGUUGGUCCUAUUACUGCUCACACAAUCUCUACUUGCCGCAAAAUUGAAAAACAAUGUAACUGGGAAUCAAAAUUGAGAACCCGAAUGAGUUCGGCUCAUUUCGCUUAUGCCUGGAGCCAGCCCUGAUCUGUGUCUGUCUGUCUGUCUGUCUGUCUGUAUAUGUGUCUGUCUGUUCUGUCAAGACAUGUUGUACUGAAAAUACAAAACAAAACAUCUGAAUGAAGUGAGUGCUGGCUGUUUUCAUGUUUUAUCUCUCCGUCAGACGCUGGAUGAUCUAGAGACGAGGACCAAGGAGGCCGGGAUAGAGAUCAGCGUUCGCCAGAGCUUCCUCACCGACCCGGCUCCAGCUGUCAAGAACCUCAAGGUGCCUCCUUCCCUCUCUCCCUGGUUUAUCCCCCCUGCUGCCAUGGCAACUGGCAGGUGAUUGAACACAUGAGAUCAAUCACGUCGGAGCUUGGUGAACAAACCCCAGAGAGCCUCUCACACACACACCAUUAGUCCACAGGAGCAGCAAGGGCCCCGGCUGGCGUAACACGUCAGACAUAAUCACAGAAACACAGGGAGGGCAUUACUGGAAACCCUGUCUUUUAUUUUGAAGAGACUCAAGUUAAUUGAAGAGUAGGGUUGACCCCUCUCUACCCUCGCUCUACCUUUCUGUUCCCCAUCCCUCCUCCCUUCACCUCGCUCUACCUUUCUGUUCCCCAUCCCUCCUCCCUUCACCUUGCUCUACCUUUCUGUUCCCCAUCCCUCCUCCCUUCACCUUGCUCUACCUUUCUGUUCCCCAUCCCUCCUCCCUUCACCUUGCUCUACCUUUCUGUUCCUCAUCCCUCCUCCCUCACCCUGUCCUCCCUCUCCCUCCUUCCCUCUUCUCUCCUCCUCCGGUGUCAAUGUGCUUUCUUCCUGACUGGUGCCUAUUCAGCAUAACCUUUCCUGGCAUACCGGCCUGGGGUUUAUGUGUGAUAUUAAUUGGCCUGGGGUUUAUGUGUGAUAUUAAUUGGCCUGGGGUUUAUGUGAGAUAUUAAUUGGCCUGGGGUUUUUGUGUGAUAUUAAUUGGCCUGGGGUUUUUGUGUGAUAUUAAUUGGCCUGGGGUUUAUGUGAGAUAUUAAUUGGCCUGGGGUUUAUGUGAGAUAUUAAUUGGCCUGGGGUUUAUGUGUGAUAUUAAUUGGCCUGGGAUUUUUGUGUGAUAUUAAUUGGCCUAGUUUUUUGUGUGAUAUUAAUCGGCCUAGUUUUUUGUGUGAUAUUAAUCGGCCUAGUUUUUUGUGUGAUAUUAAUUGGCCUAGUUUUAUGUGUGAUAUUAAUUGGCCAUCGCUGUAGGAACCAUGGUAACAACAUGAACGUAGCACACCAGAGGGGAAGAUGAGUUGCGCUGCGCGAUGCAUUGCGUUUGGAUAUUGGGAGGAGGUGUGUGUAUGUGUGUGUGUGUCUCUGUGGAGCCAAUGUAUGUGUGUGUGUGUUUGUGUGUGUGUACCGAAUCCGAUUUUUUGGGUGGCAAAACUUACCAAUACUGAUAUCUGCAAAUAUACUGUUUUACAGCGGGAAAAUUAAAAAGUGUCAUUUUCACACACUGAAUUAUCCUAAAUUGCCAUCCAAAAUAGCAAUUGUCCAAUAACUUGUUUUAACUAUGCUUAAAAUAUUGAUUUUAUACAUUGACCCAUCAUGAACAUGUCAGAAAGUGUUCUGAUGAGCACGAGAGUCCCUUUUUUCAUCCUAUUUAUUGAAUAUCGGUUAUUGGUGGAGUUAUCGGUCGAAACCCUCCUGUUUCCUGUGUUUGUGUUGUGUAUUCCCGUCUCCUGUGUGACUCUGUGUAAGACUUUUCUUCCCUCUCUGAAUCCCCAGCGGCAAGAUGCCAGAAUCAUUGUGGGGCUCUUCUACGAGACAGAAGCCAGAAAAGUUUUCUGCGAGGUACAGAAGCUAAGUUUGCUGUUCACAACUCUGUGGAUUGAUAUCUUAAAAAUGUUUGCUGAAUGACAAUAUCCUUUUUUGUCUCUUUUUGGAAAGGUUUGAUUCCAGCUUGUAUUGCUCACGGCUCGCAUCAUUCUCUCUAGAUUUUCAGUAUUUGUUCUCUGUCUUUUUGUUCUCUCCUCCUCCAUACACUCUGAUAUCUUGUCUUUUUGUUCUCUCCUCCUCCAUACACUCUGAUAUCUUCUGUCUUUUUGUUCUCUCCUCCUCCAUACACUCUGAUAUCUUCUGUGUUAUUGUUCUCUCCUCCUCCAUACACUCUGAUAUCUUGUCUUUUUGUUCUCUCCUCCUUCAUACACUCUGAUAUCUUCUGUCUUUUCGUUCUCUCCUCCUCCAUUCACUCUGAUAUCUUCUGUCUUUUAGUUCUCUCCUCCUCCAUACACUCUGAUAUCUUCUGUCUUUUUGUUCUCUCCUCCUCCAUACACUCUGAUAUCUUGUCUUUUUGUUCUCUCCUCCUCCAUACACUCUGAUAUCUUAUGUGUUUUUGUUCUCUCCUCCUCCAUACACUCUGAUAUCUUGUCUUUUUGUUCUCUCCUCCUCCAUACACUCUGAUAUCUUGUCUUUUUGUUCUCUCCUCCUUCAUACACUCUGAUAUCUUCUGUCUUUUUGUUCUCUCCUCCUCCAUACACUCUGAUAUCUUCUGUCUAACACACCUGCCCGCUCAUCGCUUCCUUUACCUUCCCUUUCACUCACUCCCUCCUUUUCUCUCCCUCCUUCCCUCCAUCUCCCCAUCUCUCUCUCUCCCCCUGCAAUCUUUCUUUACUUUCCCAUUCAUUAAUUAUCUCCUUUCUCACUCUUUCUAUCUCCUGUCUCUCCCUUUAUCCUACAGGUGUACAAGGAGAAGCUCUAUGGGAAGAAAUAUGUCUGGUUCCUGAUUGGUUGGUACGCAGACAACUGGUUCAAGAUCAAAGACCCGUCAAUCAACUGCACCGUGGAGCAGAUGACAGAGGCGGUGGAGGGCCACGUUACCACGGAGAUCGUCAUGCUCAACCCAGAGACCGUCCGAGGGGCCUCCAAUCUGGUGAGAGAGAUAUAGUGUGCAUCCCAAAUGGGCCCCUAUUCCCUAUAUAGUGAUAUGCUAGGGAAUCUGUACGGAAUAGGGUGCUCUGGUCAAACGUAGUGCACUAUAUAGAGAACAGGGUACCAUUUGGGAUGCAGACAUGUAGUAAUGUAUACAAUAUUAUACAUACAGUACCAGUCAAAAGUUUGGACACACCUACUCAUUCAAGGGUUUUUCUUUAUUUUUACUAUUUUCUGCAUUUUAGAAUAAUAGUGAAGUCAUCAAAACUAUGAAAUAACACAUAUGGAAUCAUGUAGUAACCAAAAAAGUGUUAAGAAAAUCAAAAUAUACUUUAUAUUUGAGAUCCUUCAAAGUAGCCACCCUUUGCAUUGAUGACAGCUUUGCACACUCUUGGCAUUCUCUCAACCAGCUUCACCUGGGAGUUCCCACAUAUGCUGAGCACUUGUUGGCUGCUUUUCCUUCACUCUGCCGUCCAACUCAUCCCAAACCAUCUCAAUUGGGUUGAGGUCGGGUGAUUGUGGAGGCCAAAUCAUCUGAUGCAGCACUCCAUCACUCUCCUUAUUGGUCAAAUAGCCCUUACACAGCCUGGAGGUGUGUUGGGUCAUUGUCCUGUUGAUAAACAAAUGAUAGUCCCACUAAGCGCAAACCAGGUGGGAUGGCGUAUCGCUGCAGAAUGCUGUGGUAGCCAUGCUGGUUAAGUAUGCCUUGAAUUCUAAAUAAAACACUGACAGUGUCACCAGCAAAGCACCCCAAACCAUCACACCUCCUACUCCAUGCUUCACAGUGGGAACCACACAUGCGGAUAUCAUCCGUUCACCUACUCUGCAUCUCACAAAGACACAGCGGUUGGAACCAAAAAUCUCAAAUUUGGACUCAUCAGACCAAAGGACAGAUUUCCAACGGUCAAAUGUCCAUUGCUCGUGUUUCUUGGCCCAAGCAAGUCUCUUCUUCAUACUGGUGUCCUUUAGUAGUGGUUUCUUUGCAGCAAUUCGACCAUGAAGGCCUGAUUCACGCAGUCUCCUCUGAACAGUUGAUGUUGAAAUGUGUCUGUUACUUGAACUCUUUGAAGCAUUUAUUUGGGCUGCAAUUUCUGAGGCUGGUAACUGUAAUGAACUUAUCCUCUGCAGCAGAGGUAACUCUGGGUCUUCCUUUCUUGUGGCGGUCCUCAUGAAUGCCAAUUUCAUCAUAGCGCUUGAUGGUUUUUGCGACUGCACUUGAAGAAACGUUCAAAGUUCUUGAAAUGUUCCCGUAUUGACUGACCUUCAUGUCAUAAAGUAAUGAUGGACUGUCAUUUCUCUUUGCUUAUUUGAGCUGUUCUUGCCAUAAUAUGGACUUGGUCUUUUACCAAAUAGGGCUAUCUUCUGUAUACCCCCCCCCCCCCCCCCCCCCCCCCCUAUCUUGUCACAACACAAUGGAUUGGCUCAAACGCAUUAAGAAGGAAAGAAAUUCCACAAAUUAACAUUUAACAAGGCACACCUGUUAAUUGAAAUGCAUUCCAGGUGACUACCUCAUGAAGCUGGUUGAGAGAAUGCCAAGAGUGUGCAAAGCUGUCAUCAAGGCAAAGGGUGGCUACUUUGAAGAAUCUCAAAUCUCAAAUAUAUUUUGAUUUGUUUAACACUUUUUUGAAUACUACAUGAUUCCAUAUGUGUUAUUUCAUCAUUUUGAUGUCUUCACUAUUAAUCUACAAUGUAGAAAAUAGUAAAAAUAAAGAAAAACCCUGGAAUGAGUAGGUGUGUCCAAACCUUUGACUGGUACUGUAUAUCUCCAUUGUAAGACACAUGGUGAGUGGUUACAUAGAAAUAUACUCUAAUUCUAUGAGUGGUUCUUGGUUCUCUCUGAAAUAUCUUACCUGACAUUCCAACAUCCACUGCAGUGAAAUUAAUUCCUCUGCAUGUUAUAAGAUUGUAUUAUUUCUGUAAUGGGUUCAACAUAUAUUACUAUCUCUACUGUUUACUGGUACUCUUUUUCUACUCGUGACCUAUCAGAAUUGAGUAUACAAAGAAGUGGUAUAAGUAAUAGUAAUUUCAGUGUUUUAUUAUACACAUAAUAAAUGUGUAUUGUAUCGAAGGUGAGAUUCUUAGAUAAUGUUUAAUGGACCAUGUCACUAUGACGAUGACCCAAAUGGCACCCUGUUCCCUAUUUUCAUGAGUUUCACGGCCGGGUCAUGACCCAAAUGGCACCCUGUUCCCUAUAUUCAUGAGUUUCACGGCCGGGUCACGCCAUUGUUAUGAAUGUUCUCGGGGGACUGAGGAACAACUUUUUAGCUUUGUCCAUUCAUUCUAAACAGGUGUUAAUGAUGAUGUUGCCUAAAUUACACUACAGUGUCUUGGAAAUACAAUUACAUAGGCAAAUUAUUAGUGGGAAACAACUUUGUCAUCAUUGUGAUGUCGUCAGAUUUACUUUAGACAGAUGGCAACGUUGCCAUUAGCUAGCAAAGUUAGCUAAAAAUAGCUAGCAAUGCUAACGUUAGCUAGCUAAAAUCUGGUGCUCCCCCCUCACAACGUUAACUACUCUAAAGUCAAUCUGACGACAUCACAAUGAUGACAAUAGGUUUUCCUACUAAUUAUUUACCUUUAGAAAUGUAAUUGUGCUUCCAAGUCACUGAAAUGUAUUGUAGACAAAAUCUUCAUCAGCGCCAAUUGAGAGAACUUUCAGUCAGGUUGCCUCCCGAAUGGCGCAGCGGUCUAAGGCACUGCAUCGCAGUGCUUGAGGCGUCACUGCAGACCCGGGUUCGAUCCCAGGCUGUGUCGCAGCCGGCCGAGACCGGGAGACCCAUGAGGCGGCGCACAAUUGGCCCAGCGUCGUCCAGGUUAGGGGAGGGUUUGGCCGGCCGGGAUGUCCUUGUCCCAACGCGCUCUAGCGACUCCUUGUGGCGGACCGGGCGCAUGCACGCUGACUUCGGUCGCUAGUUGUACAGUGUUUCCUCCGACAAAUUGUUGCGGCUGGCUUCCGGGUUCAGCGAGCAGUGCGGCUUGGCAGGGUCGUGCUUCGGAGGAUGCAUGGCUCUCGACCUUCGCCUCUCCAGAGUCCGUACGGGAGUUGCAGCGGCCAGGACUACCAAUUGGAUAUCAUGAAAAAAGUUAAAUUAAAUAAAAAAAAUAAAAAAUAAAACGUUCAGUCGGACCUCAUAGAACUUUCAGCGAUGUAUUGAUGUGAAACCCAUGAAUAGUAGGGCUCUGGUCAAAAGUAGUGCACUAUGUAGGGAUUAGGGUGCCAUAUGGGAUACAUCCUUUGAUGUUGUCCCAGUCUCCUCCCAAGUGUAAUGACCCUUUUUAAUUCAUACUGCCAUGACUGGAGAGGAGAGGAGCUUCAGGAUGCUAUUCACAGUAACUCAUCUGUAAUAUUAUCUAUCUACUUUGAAGUUUUACCUCGUUGAAGAAAAGCUUUGCGCUCGAGAGAAGCGUUCGAGUGCUGCGAACCGGUUUCUCUCUCUCUUGAAAGUCUCGGCUCUGAAUUAUCAUCAUUGCCCUGUAGAGUAGCUGGAGAAAAUAUAACUCUGAAUAAAUACACUUCUGUUCAUGUUUUUCCAUGAAACGCUACACUGGGGCUGUGCUGUCUGGAAGUGCUGAAGAGGCAAAGAGGGAAAGAUUAGAGUCCCAAAUGGUACCCUUUACCUAUGGGCCCUAGUCAAAGCAGCCUAACGAGGCUAGAGAGUCGUGUCUUAUUGAUCAAAGCCCCAUUUGGUGACGAGGCGUCGAGAGGCUGCGGUUGUCGAGGCGAUGGUUCUCCAGGGCUGCAGCUUUGACAGAUCCAGCUGCUAGAUGCAGCCCGGAGCCGAGGGAAGGGGAGGGAGUGGGUGUGUGUGUGUGCAUAAACUCAAGUCGAAAUUAGAUGUUUGUUCAAGUCAGUUAAACAUAGUGAGUAGGGCUGGCACGGUAAUUGUUUAACCGACGAUUAUGAAUGAAGACCGUGAGCAAAAUUCAAUAACCAUUAUAACUUAAAAAUUAAAUUUGACUUUGAUUUAACCGUUGUAAUGCAAACAUUUUAUUGGAUUUUUAAGUAACUAUAUCUAAUAUACCCUAUAGCAGUAGAGUCAAUGAAUGGUUAUUAUAAACAAUCGUUUUUCUACCUUAAUCUGUCAAACUGUCUCCAUCUCCAUCCUCCAAUGUGAGAUCUCUCCCUUUGACGCUGGAAACAUGAUCUGUAUCUAUAGCCUAGUAUGCAGGGCAGGCUAUAUGUUUAUCCGUUUGGUAAAGAGGCCAAAACAAUGCUAAAAUCACCAUCGCUGCUGAAAUGAACUACCAAAUGCCAUUCUUGUAAGUGAAUGUCUAAGUGAAUGUGAAUCUGAGAGAAACUGAUGAACACCGAAGUUGAAUACACUUACCAGCCAGUUUAACUAGUACCCCACUUUGCCUCCAGAACAACCUGAAUUCUUCGUGGCAUGGAUUCUACAUGGUGUCGGAAACAUUCGUUGCUCAAUUGGUAUCAAGGGACCUAACGUGUGCCAGGAAAACAUUCCCCACACCAGUACUCCACCGCCACCAGGCUGUACCAGGCUGAUGCUGCUUACGCCAAAUCCUGACUCUGCCAUCAACAUGAUGCAACAGGAACCAGGAUUCGGCGAAGCAGGCAAUGUUUUUCCACUCCUCAAUAGUCCAGUGUUGGUGAUGGCGUGCCCACUGGAGCCGCUUCUUCUUGGUUUUAGCUUAGGAGUGGAACCCGGUGUGGUCGUCUGCUGCAAUAGCCCAUCCGUGACAAGGAUCAACGAGUUGUGCAUUCCGAGAUGCUGUUGUACUGUGCCGUUAUUUGUCUGGUUGUGGCCCGCCUGUUACCUUGGCACUGACGAUCAUAUCACGCUCAAAGUCGGUUAGGUCAAUCAUUUUGUCCAUUCUGACGUUCAAUAGAACAGUAACUGAAUGCCUUGAUGCCUGUCUGCCUGCUUUAUAUAGCAAGUCACGGCCACCUAAUAAACUGUCUGUGUGCAACAGCUGCAACUGCGUGAUAGACUUGUUUUACUGCGAUUGCUAGGCAACGGAAAGCAAUGCUCUACCGCUGCUGCUGGAAGCAGCGCUGCAGACAGAGAUGAGAGGAGAAAAUAGUGGACAUUUGAACAGUUCUAACGGUGACCGUGGACAUUUGCUUGACAAAUAACCUGCUUCCAGGGCUACGUCCCAAUUGGCAACCUAUUCUAUUCCCUAUUAUGGGCCCUGGUUGAAAGUAGUGCACUAUAUAAGAGAAUAGAGUGUCAUUUGGAACGCAGAGUAUUACAGAUUUGUUAUGUCUCUCCUUAGCUCGUCACAGAGAGAGAGAGAGAGAGAGAGAGAGAGAGAGAGAGAUGCCUUAUGCAGAUCAGGUAGAGAGAGAGAGAGAUACAGAUGCCUUAUGCAGAUCAGGUAGAGAGAGAGAGAGAGAGAGAGAGAGAGAGAGAGAGAGAGAGAGAGAGAGAGAGAGAGAUAGAGACAGAUUGCCCUUAUUCAGAUCCAGUAGAGGGAGAUAGCGAUAAGAUCCAUAAUGAACUCGAUCAAUGUAGAAGAGAAUGAGAAGAGGAGAUGAGAUUGAGAGAUCAGGUAGCGAGAUGAGAACGAUCCCUGGAGAUGAAGGUACGAGAUAAUCAAAGGCUAGAUAGAGAGAGAGAAGAGAGACUUCAGGUAGAGGAGAAUGAGACAUAUCAGAGAGAGAGACAUCAGAGAGAGACAAAAGUGGAGACAAAUUUCACCCCAAUAACUACCGUGGGAUAUGCGUCAACAGCAACCUUGAGGAAAUCCUCUGCAUUAUCAUUAACAGCAGACUAGUUAAUUUCGUCAGUGAAAACAAUGUACUGAGCAAAUGUCAAAUUGGCUUUUUACCAAAUUACCAUACGACAGACCAAGUAUUCACCCUGCACACCCUAAUUGACAAACAAGCAAACCAAAACAAAGGCAAAGUCUUCUCAUGCUUCAAAAAAGCUUUUGACUCAAUUUGGCAUGAGGGUCUGCUAUACAAAUUGAUGGAAAGUGGGAUUGGGGGAAAAACAUACGAAAUUAUAAAAUCCAUGUACACAAACAACAAGUGUGCGGUUAAAAUUGGCAAAAAACACACACAUUUCUUUCCACAGGGCCGUGGGGUUAGGCAGGGAUGCAGUUUAAGCCCCACACUCUUCAACAUAUAUAUAUACGAAUUGGCGAGGGCACUAGAACAUUCUGCAGCACCCGGCCUCACCCUACUAGAAUCUGAAGUCAAAUGUCUACUGUUUGCUGAUGAUCUGGUGCUUCUGUCACCAACCAAGGAGGGCCUACAGCAGCACCUAGAUCUUCUGCACAGAUUCUGUCAGACCUGGGCCCUGACAGCAAAUCUCUGUAAGACAAAAAAGGUCCAGUUGCCAGGACCACAAAUACAAAUUCCAUGUAGACACCGUUGCCCUAGAGCACACAAAAAAUAUAUACAUACCUCGGCCUAAACAUCAGCGCCACAGGUAACUUCCACAAAGCUGUGAACGAUCUCAGAGACAAGGCAAGAAGGGCCUUCUAUGCCAUCUAAAGGAACAUAAAAGUCGACAUACCAAUUAGGAUCUGGCUAAAAAUACUUGAAUCAGUUAUAGAACACAUUGCCCUUUAUGGUUGUGAGGUCUGGGGUCCGCUCACCAACCAAUAAUUCACAAAAUGGGACAAACACCAAAUUGAGACUCUGCAUAAAGAAUUCUGCAAAAAUAUCGUCAGUGUACAACGGAAAACACCAAAUAAUGCAUGCAGAGCAGAAUUAGGCCGAUACCCGCUAAUUAUCAAAAUCCCAAAAAUUCUAUAACCACUUAAAAGGAAGCAAUUCCCAAACCUUCCUUAACAAAGUCAUCACCUACAGAGAGAUGAACUUGGAGAAGAGUCCCUUAAGUAAGCUGGUCCUGGGGCUCUGUUCACAAACACAAACAGACCCCACAGAGCCCCAGGACAACAACAACAAAACAAUUAGACCCAACCAAAUCAUGAGAAAACAAAAAGAGAAUUACUUGACACAUUGGAAAGAAUUUACAAAAAAACAGAGCAAACUAGAAUGCUAUUUGGCCCUCAACAGAGAGUACACAGCGGCAGAAUACCUGACCACUGUGACUGACCCAAACUUAAGGAAAGCUUUGACUAUGUACAGAUUCAGUGAGCAUAGCCUUGCUAUUGAGAAAGGUCACCGUAGCCAGACCUGGCUCUCAAGAGAAGACAGGCUAUGUGCACAAAAUGAGGUGGAAACUGAGCUGCACGUCCUAACCUCCUGCCAAAUGUAUGACCAUAUUAGAGACACAUAUAUCCCUCAGAUUACAGAGAUCCACAAAGAAUUCGAAAACAAACCCAAUUUUGAUAAAAUCCCUUAUCUACUGGGUGAAAAACCACAGAGUGCCAUCACAGCAGCAAGAUUUGUGACCUGUUGCCACAAGAAAAGGGCAACCAGUGAAGAACAAACACCAUUGUAAAUACAACCUAUAUUUAUGUUUAUUUAUUUUCCCAUUUGUACUUUAACUAUUUGCACAUUGUUACAACACUGUACAGUGGGGAAAAUAAGUAUUUAGUCAGCCACCAAUUGUGCAAGUUCUCCCACUUAAAAAGAUGAGAGAGGCCUGUAAUUUUCAUCAUAGGUACACGUCAACUAUGACAGACAAAAUGAGAUUUUUUUCUCUCCAGAAAAUCACAUUGUAGGAUUUUUAAUGAAUUUAUUUGCAAAAUAUGGUGGAAAAUAAGUAUUUGGUCAAUAACAAAAGUUUCUCAAUACUUUGUUAUAUACGCUUUGUUGGCAAUGACACAGGUCAAACGUUUUCUGUAAGUCUUCACAAGGUUUUCACACACUGUUGCUGGUAUUUUGGCCCAUUCCUCCAUGCAGAUCUCCUCUAGAGCAGUAAUGUUUUGGGGCUGUCGCUGGGCAACACGGACUUUCAACUCCCUCCAAAUAUUUUCUAUGGGGUUGAGAUCUGGAGACUGGCUAGGCCACUCCAGGACCUUGAAAUGCUUCUUACGAAGCUACUCCUUCGUUGCCCGGGCGGUGUGUUUGGGAUCAUUGUCAUGCUGAAAGACCCAGCCACGUUUCAUCUUCAAUGCCCUUGCUGAUGGAAGGAGGUUUUCACUCAAAAUCUCACGAUACAUGGCCCCAUUCAUUCUUUCCUUUACACGGAUCAGUCGUCCUGGUCACUUUGCAGAAAAACAGCCCCAAAGCAUGAUGUUUCCACCCCCCCAUGCUUCACGGUAGGUAUGGUGUUUCUUUGGAUGCAACUCAGCAUUCUUUGUCCUCCAAACACGACGAGUUGAGUUUUUAACAAAAAGUUCUAUUUUGGUUUCAUCUGACCAUAUGACAUUCUCCCAAUCCUCUUCUGGAUCAUCCAAAUGCACUCUAGCAAACUUCAGACGGGCCUGGACAUGUACUGGCUUAAGCAGGGGGACACGUCUGGCACUGAAGGAUUUGAGUCCCUGGCGGCGUAGUGUGUUACUGAUGGUAGGCUUUGUUACUUUGGUCCCAGCUCUCUGCAGGUCAUUCACUAGGUCCCCCCGUGUGGUUCUGGGAUUUUUGCUCACCGUUCUUGUGAUCAUUUUGACCCCACGGGGUGAGAUCUUGCGUGGAGCCCCAGAUCGAGGGAGAUUAUCAGUGGUCUUGUAUGUCUUCCAUUUCCUAAUAAUUGCUCCCACAGUUGAUUUCUUCAAACCAAGCUGCUUACCUAUUGCAGAUUCAGUCUUCCCAGCCUGGUGCAGGUCUACAAUUUUGUUUCUGGUGUCCUUUGACAGCUCUUUGGUCUUGGCCAUAGUGGAGUUUUGGAGUGUGACUGUUUGAGGUUGUGGACAGGUGUCUUUUAUACUGAUAACAAGUUCAAACAGGUGCCAUUAAUACAGGUAACGAGUGGAGGACAGAGGAGCCUCUUAAAGAAGAAGUUACAGGUCUGUGAGAGCCAGAAAUCUUGCUUGUUUGUAGGUGACCAAAUACUUAUUUUCCACCAUAAUUUGCAAAUAAAUUCAUUAAAAAUCCUACAAUGUGAUUUUCUGGAAAAUAAUUCUCAAUUUGUCUGUCAUAGUUUGACGUGUACCUAUGAUGAAAAUGACAGGCCUCUCUCAUCUUUUUAAGUGGGAGAACUUGCACAAUUGGUGGCUGAUUUUUAAAAUACUUUUUUCCCCAUGUAUAUAAAAAUUAAUAAUAUGACAUUAAAUGUUUUAUUAUUGGAACUAAUGAGUGUAAUGUUAAUGUUAAUAUUUAUGGUUUAUUUCACUUUUGUUUACUACUACUUCAUUGCUUGGCAAUGUGAACAUACGUUUCCCUGCCAAUAAAGCCCUUAAAUUGAAUUGAAUUGAUUUGAAGGAGAGAGAGAGAGAGAGAGAGAGAAGAGAGAGAGACAGAUCAGGUAUAGAGAGAGAGAGAGAUCAGGUGAGAGAGAGACCAGAUCAGGUAGAGAGAGAGAGGGAGGGAGAGAGAGAAGAGAGGAAGAUAGAUCCUGUAGGAGAGAGAUAGUGAGGAGUGAUGAGAGUAGAGGAGAGAGAGAUAGAUAGAUAGAUAGAUAUAUUAGAGAUAGAUAAGAGAUAUAUAUAGAUAUGAGUAUAGAUAUAUAAAUAGAUCCAGGUAUAACAGAGAGGAGACUAAACACACUGCACACUUGGACACUUUAUGGAGCCUUCACUAUCUCAUCCUGGUGGAAUAUCCAAAGCCUGAGGUCAUCUGCCUUUGGCCUAAAGAGCAGGAACCUGGACUUCACCAAAGAAAUCAGAAAAACAGACAUUGUCAUCCUACAAGAAACAUGGUGUAGAGGAGACGGACCCACUGGUUGCCCUCUAGGUUACAGAGAGCUGGUAGUUCCAUCCACCAAACUACCAGGUGUGAAACAGAGAAGGGACUCAGGGGUAUGCUAAUUGAGUACAGAGCAGACCUAACUCACUCUAUUCAAUUAAUCAAAACAGGAACAUUUUACAUUAGGCUAGAAAUUCAAAAGGAAAUUAUCUCAACAGAGAAAAAUGUCCUCCUGUGUGCUACCUAUAUCCCCCCACUAGAAUCCCCAUACUUUAAUGAAGACAGAUUCUCCAUCCUGGAGGGGGAAAUCAAUCACUUCCAGGCCCAGGGACAUGUACUAGUCUGUGGCGACCUAAAUACCAGAACUGCACAAGAACCUGACACCCUCAGCAUACAGGGGGACAAAACAUACCUGGAGGUGACAGCAUUCCCUCCCCCAUAUGCCCCCCAGGCACAACUAUGACAACAUAACCAACAAAAAUGGGUCACGACUCCUGCAGCACUGUCGCACACUGGGUAUGUACAUAGUCAAUGGUAGGCUUCGAGAGGACUCCUGUGGUAGGUACACCUAUAGCUCAUCUCCUGGCAGUAGUACUGUAGACUACUUUAUCACUGACCUAAACCCAGAGUCUCUCAGAGCGUUCACAGUCAGCCCACUGACACCCCUAUCAGAUCACAGCAAAAUCACAGUCUACUUGAACAGAGCAAUACUCAAUCAUGAGGUAUAAAAGCCAAAGGAACUGAAUAAUAUUAAGAAAUGCUAUAGAUGGAAGGAAAGUAGUGUAGAAACCUUCUAUAAAAAGGCAACAACAAAUUCAAUUCCUUUUAGACAACUUCCUGGACAAAAUGUUUUACUGUAAUAGUGAAGGUGUAAACUUGGCAGUAGAAAACCUAAACAGUUUAUUUGAUCUCUCAGCUUCCCUAUCAAAUCUAAAAAUGUCUAACAGAAAACCAAAGAAAAUUAACAAGAAUGACAAAUGGUUUGAUGAAGAAUGCAAAAACCUAAGAAAGAAAUUGAGAAACCUAUCCAACCAAAAUCAUAGAGACCCAGAAAACCUGAGCCUACGCCUUCACUAUGGUGAAUCACUAAAACAAUACAGAAAUACACUACGGAAAAGAAGGAACAGCACGUCAGAAAUCAACUCAAUGUAAUUGAAGAAUCCAUAGACUAACCACUUCUGAGAAAAUUGGAAAACACUAAACAAACAACAACACGAAGAGUUAUCUAUCCAAAACGGAGAUGCAUGUGUAAACCACUUCUCCAAUCUUUUUGGCCCUAUAACAAAGAACAAACAGCAAAAAAAUAUACAUGAUCAAAUACAACUCUUAGAAUCAACUAUUAAAGACUACCAGAACCCACUGGAUUCUCCAAUGACAUUGAAUGAACUACAGGACAAAAUACAAACCCUCCAACCCAAAAAGGCCUGUGGUGUUGAUGGUAUCCUCAAUGAAAUGAUAAAAUAUACAGACCACAAAUUCCAAUUGGCUAUACUUAAACUCUUUAACAUCAUCCUCAGCUCUGGCAUCUUCCCCAAUAUUUGGAACCAAGGACUGAUCACCCCAAUCCCCAAAAGUGGAGACAAAUUUGACCCCAAUAACUACCGUGGGAUAUGCGUCAACAGCAACCUUUGCGAAAAUCCUCUGCAUUUACAUUAACAGCAGACUCAUACAUUUCCUCAGUGAAAACAAAUUACCGUACAGCAGACCACGUAUUCACCCUGCACCCCCUAAUUGACAAACAAACAAACCAAAACAAAGGCAAAGUCUAUAUAUGCUUCUCAUACAGUAUGCUUGUACCCUGGUGACAUCCUAGCGAGAGGAGAGGAACAUCUGACCCCUCCCACUGGUAGACAGGAUGUCAACCUGGUGCUCCCAGCUGUGUACACCAAUCCUUCCUCCUCAGACACUUCCACCUCCACCCCCAUCUACCUCACACACAGUUCUAAGCCCUCCUCUCGCUCUUCUUCCAGACGUCUCAGGAGUUUCUGAACCAGCUGAUGUCUAAGUUGGGGGGUAAGAACCCGAGGAGACGGGGGGGGGGGGUUCCAGGAGGCCCUCUGGCUUAGAUGCAGUGUGGGCCUGGCUCUGGCCCUCAACAAGACCGUUGGGCCCCUGAAGGCCAAGGGCCGCAGGCUGGAAGACUUCAACUACAACAACCGAGAUAUCACCGCUGAGAUCUACCGCGCUCUCAACACCAGCUCAUUCGAAGGAGUGUCGGUGAGUAUCUUAUAUAUGUAUAAUGAGGGAAGAGGAAAGCUGGAGGAGGAAAGAAAAGAAGUUGGGUGUACCGAGAGAGAGAGCAGAGAGGAGAGGAGAGAGCAAGAGAGAGAUGGGAAGAGGGGGAGAGAUAGAGAGAGGGAGAGAUGAGAGAGAGAGAGAGAGAGGAGAGAGACAGAGGAGAGAGAGAGAGAGACUAGGAUCCCCCAGCCACAUCAUAAUUAACACGGGCUCAAAUAACCUGGGCACAGCAUGAAAAGGGUUUCCACAGCACUCAAGGGAGUGAUUGAAAAAGCUUCUCCCACAUUCCCUAACACACAAGUGGUCAUCUCCGCCCUCCUACCACAAACAUACAUUCACCUUGCCACCAUACAGCGAGUGAAUGCAAGCCAUUCCCGAGACUGUGCCUCAAAACCUAAUGUCUACCUGGCCCACCACUCCACCCUGGACGUGAAAAGUCUUUACGACCUGGUCCACCUCUACAAGGCAGCAGUCCCCACCUUUGCCAGGACUCUGAAGGAUGUCACCCUCAACCGCAGCCCCAGCACCUCACACAGGAGCAACAGAGCAACCGAGACCCCCUCCCGAAGGACCUGCACCGAGAGAACCCACGCCAAGAGGACCUACACCCAGACCACAUCAUCACCAGCCACAUCCCCACCCCAAACAAACCCUAGCCACACCCUACAUAUGCCCUCCCCCCAGAUCAGGUCUAUGCCCAUUCUCCCCCCCCCCCCCCCAUGCCCCAUCCUGCGACGUAAGAGGUAUGUAUCAGAUGCUCAACGUGCUCUGCUCCCACCUUCUGUAAUGGUCCGGGCCUAAACCACACGAAAACAACACUAGACACUAUGGAACACAAAGCUUUUACUAUCUCAUCCUGGAAUAUCCAAGGUCAGAGGUCAUCUGCCUUUGGAGCAGGAACCCAGUCUUCAUCAAAGAAAUUGGAAAUACAGACAUCUUCAUCCUACAAGAAACAUGGUAUAGAGGAGACGGACCCACUGGUUGCCCUCUAGGUUACAGAGAGCUGGUAGUCCCAGCCACCAAACAGGUAUGAAACAGGGAAGAGACUCAGGGGGUAUGCAUAAAGCAGACCUAACCCACUGUAUUAAAUUAGUCAAAACAGGAACAUUUUACAUCUGGCUAGAAAUUAAUAAGGAAAUUAUAUCAACAGAGAAAAAUCUCUUCAUUUGUGCUACCAAUAUACCCCCAAUAGAAUCCCCAUACUUUAAUGAAGACAGCUUCUCCACCCUAGAGGGGGAGAUCAACCAUUUCCAGGCCCAGGGACAUGUACUAGUCUGUGGUGACCUAAACGCCAGAACUGGACAAGAACCUGACACCCUCAGCACACAGGGGGACAAACACCUACCUGGAGGUGACAGCAUUCCCUCCCAAAUAUGCCCCCCCUAGACACAAUUAUGACAAAACAACCAACAAAAACGGGUCACAUCUCCUGCAGCUCUGUCGCACAGUGUGUCUGUACAUAUUCAAUGGUAGGCUACGAAGGGACUCCUACGUUAGGUACACUUACAGCUCAUCCCUUUGCAGUAGUACUGUAGAUUACUUUAUCACUGACCUCAACCCAGAGUCUCUCAGAGCGUUCACAGUCAGCCCACUGACACCCCUAUCAGAUCCCAGCAAAACCACGGUCUACUUGAACAGAGCAAUACUCAAUCAUGAGGCAUCAACGCCAAAGGAACUGCAUAAUAUUAAGAAAUGCUAUAGAUGGAAGCACAGUAGUGUAGAAACCUUCCAAAAAACAAGUAGACAACAACACAUUCAAUCGCUUUUAGAACACUUCCUGGACAAAACAUUUCACAGUAAUAGUGAAGGUGUAAACAUGGCCAAAGUCUAAACAGUAUAUUUGACCUUUCAGCUUCCCUAUCAAAUCUAAAAAUAAAAGCUAACAACCUAAGAAAAUGUACAACAAUGACAAAUGGUUUGAUGAAGAAUGCAAAAACCUAAGAAAGAAAUUGACUAACCUAUCCUGCCAAAAACAUAAAGACCCAGAAAUCCUGAGACUACGCCUUCACUAUGGUGAAUCACUAAAACAAUACAGAAAUACACUACGGAAAAAUAAGGAACAACAUGUCAGAAAUCAGCUAAAUGUAAUUGAAGAAUCCAUAGAAUCUAACCACUUUUGGGAAAAUUGGAACACACUAAACAAACAACAACAACACGAAGAGUUAUCUAUCCAAAACGGAGAUGGAUAAACUACUUUUCCAAUCUUUUUGGCUCUAUAACAAAAAACAAACAACAAAAACAUAUACGUGAUCAAUUACAAAUCUUAGAAUCAGCCAUUAAAGACUAACAGAACCCACUGGAUUCUCCAAUUACAUUGAAUGAACUACAGGACAAAAUACAAACCCUCCAACCCAAAAAGGCCUGUGGUGUUGAUGGUAUCCUAAAUGAAAUGAUAAAAUAUACAGACCAAAAAUUCCAAUUGGCUAUACUUAAACUCUUUAACAUCAUCCUCAGCUCUGGCAUCAUCCCCAAUAUUUUUUAACAAAGGACUGAUCACCCCAAUCCACAAAAGUGGAGACAGAUUUGGCCCCAAUAACUACCGUGGGAUAUGCAUCAAGAACAACCUUGGGAAAAUCCUCUGCAUUAUCAUUAAAAGCAGACUCAUACAUUUCCUCAGUGAGCAAAUGUCAAAUUGGCUUUUAACCAAAUUACUGUACAAUAUUAUCUAUGUGUUCUGACCAUGAUAAAGCUGCGUCCAACAUGACGCCUAGUAGUUUGGGGAUUAAAUUAAAUUAGGGAUCAUCAGCAAGCAUAUAUCUUGAACCAAAUACAAUACAUUUAGUUUUAGAAAUGUUCAACACCAAUUUGUUCAUAUCAACCCACUCAGACACCAUUCUUAUUUCACUACUUAUUACACCUGUUAGCUCAUCUCCUGUAAGUCGCUCUGGAUAAGAGCGUCUGCUAAAUGACUAAAAUGUAAAUGUAAUUAAACUCUGAUGCUGCGCUAUACAUUAUAAAGUCAUCAGCAUACAUUACCACUCUUGCUUUGUUCAUUACUGAAGGUAAAUCGUUAGCAAAGAUAGAGUAGAGAAGUGGGCCUAGGCAGCUUCCUUGAGGAACACCACAGUGUAUAUCUUUACUGUUUGAAAAGCUACCAUUAAAGAACACGUUUUGCCGUCUCCUGGAUAGAUAGCUUUCCAUCCAGGAUAGAGCUGCAGACUUAAAACCAUAACAUUGGAGUUUACCUAGUAACAGUUCAUGAUCAAUUACAUCAAAAGCAGCACUGAAACCUAGCAACACCGCACCAACUAACUUCCUGUCAUCCAUACUCUUUAACCAAUCAUCUGUCAUUUGUGCUAAGGCCGAACUCGGAGCCCUUCUUUGUCUGCUUGCUGGAAACCCGUUAUCAGACCAUUACAUAAGAAAUAAUCCUUGAUUUGUACAGAUACCAUUUUUUCCAAUAAUUUACUUAACACAGGCAGCAUGCUUAUAGGACGACUAUUAGGACCAGUGAAUGCAGAUUUUUUAUCCUUACGUAGUGGAAUAACCUUUGACUCUUUCCAGACUUAUGGGCACACCCCAUACAUCAAGCACUUAUUAAAAAUGAGAGAUUGGGGUAGAUAUUUGGUAAGCUGUAACUCUAAGUCAUUUGGCGUCAAGAUUAUCUGUACCAGGGGACUUGUCAUCCGAAAGAGACAACAGCAUCCUUUCAACCUCUUCCCUUUCUACUUGCUGAAAUUCAAACAUGCAUUGCCUCUCCUUCAUGAUACAGUCUUUUAUAAGGGUAUAUGACAUGGAGCCAUCAGUUGGACUCAUGGCAUUCCUCAACUUGUCCACUUUGCCUGUAAAAUAUUUAUUAAAGUAGUUUGCGAUGUCGUGUGGUUUUAUAAUAAAUAUACCCCACGAUUCAACAAAAGAGGCGGACAUGUUUGAAUUCCUACCCAUAAUAGCGUUCAACGUUCUCCACAGUUUUUUCCCAUCACCCUUUACUUCAUCAAUUUUGUGCUGAUAGAAUCCCUUCUUCUUUCCUUUGUUUAGCUUGGUCACAAGAUUUCUUAAUUUACAGUAACUUUGCUUAUCAAACAGAGUGCCAGAUGUAUCUGCUUCUUUUUUGGCAUCAUCACGUUGAAUCAUUACAUUUCUCAGCUCAUCAUCAAUCCAUGGGGCACCGUUUGACCUCACAGUGCAUUUUCUUAAAGGGGCACGCUUAUCAGCAAUACUCAUAAACAAACGUAGCGACAUUUCACGAUCAUCCUUACUACACACUUCUAACCAUUGCACAUUCUUAAUCUCAUCCACAAGUGAGUCCUGAUUGAACCCUCUGUAGGCCCUUCGGUAGAUGACCUUAGGGCCAGCCUUUGGUAUUUUAGUUUUCCUAGUGAGUGCAACCAAGUUAUGAUCACUACAACCUAGUGCCACUGAUACAGCUUUAGAACAACGUUCAGCCAUGUUAGUAAAAAUGUGAUCAAUACAGGUUGACGAUGUGAUACCAGACCUAUUAGUGAACGUUCUGGUUGGUGAUGUCAUCAUGUGGGUCAGGUUACAUAAAUUGGCAACAGAAAUACGUUUAUUUUCUCAUUGGACAAUUGGUGUUAAAAAAAAUCAAUAUUCAUAUCUCCCAAAAAAAAUAUAUUACCCUAUUUUCAUCAGAUAACUUAUCCAACAUCAGCAUUAGCUGGCCUAUAGCAGCAACCAACUGGUAUAGGUUUCAAAUGUGGUAAAUGCACCUGUACCCAUAACGGCUCUAAUCCAUUCAACAUUAAGUCUUUACAUUGCUGGAAUAUAAGGAAUUUUAAAUUAUUUAUACUUUUACGUUUGAUAGUUAAGUAUAUUUAAAACCAAAUACUUUUAGACUUUUACUCAAGUGAUAUUUUACUGGGUGACUUUCACUUUUACUUGAUUUAUUCUCUAUUAAGAAAUCUUUACCUUUACUCAAGUUUGACAAUUGGGAACUUUUUCCACCCCUGGCCUUCAGAGUUAAUGCCUAGGCUUAAGCUUAGAGGGCUAACUCGGACUACUUGGGUUUGAUACCUGGCCAGUCAUACCCAUAGCGCCUCUAAUCCUUACGUUGUUUUGCUGGAAUAUGACUGGAUGUAAACGGCAACUCCACCCCCAUAUCUAUUUCCGUCCCUCCUAAACAAAUUGUAUCCAUGUAUAGAGAUCUCAGCAUCACUCAAAAGAAGAGUCCAGGUAAGUCUCUGAUAUUGCCAAUACAUGAAUAUUGUUUGACUGCACUAGACAGCAUAUUUCAUGAAUCUUGCUCCUUAAACUGCAUAUAUUCAAGUGAGCAAUUUCUUUGAUAGAUUCACAGUAUUUAUAUGUCCAAACAUGAAUCAGCAGUGUGUGUGUUGGGGGGAGGCUUGAAUUACUUGUGUCUGUCGCUCCUCCUAACUCCUUGGGAGGGAAGGUGAACAACCAGUUUGUCAUACCUCAGGGAGGCUGUCACCUCGUUCUCUUGCAUACUUCAUAGCUGGUAUUAGUUCCUUUCUUAUUUGAUGGACUGCGUCAGAGAAAUUCUCAUUGAUGUAGAUGUAGGACCCUUUAAGGCAUUUUGGCCUUUUCAAGGACUGCAAGUUUAUCCUUGAACCUGAGGAAUUUCACUAUAAUUGGCCUGGGUCUGGUUCUAUUGGCACUAACAUUGGCACCACCAUUGGCACCACCAUUGGCACCACCAUUGGCACCACCAUUGGCACCACCAUUGGCACCACUGAGCACGUUCCAGCUCAACCUGUUGAUCCAAUUGUAGCUUCUCAGAAAACAGCUUUCGAACUUUGUCCUCUGAUUGAGCCCAUGUCUCACAUUGGCUCUCCUGGAUACCAUCUAUUACAAGAUUAUUUCUCCUCGAUUGUCCAUCCAGGUAAUCAGCCUUCCCAGACAUGUUCUGGAGGCCCCCCCCUGACUGUGGUGAUUUAAUUUUGCAUAGAGGAACAGUUUCUGGAAAGUGUAUCCUGUGUGGUCUUCAAUACAUCCACAUCCUUCUGUCUGAACUGAAGGCUUGUAUUAAGGUCUUGUACAUCUUUGGUCAGGACGUCCAGCCGUUUGUUGGUAGACUCCAUGAUUAUUUGUAUGAGGCUUUUAAAGUUGUUUUCCUGCUGAAGUAUCAUUUCCUUAUAGAAUACUUUCUGCUUCUCCAAGAGUUCACAUACCUGCCCAGCGGAGAUGUGAUCCUCGUCUUUUUUCGGAGGCAUGGCAGUACUAGUAGUAGGGCGAGCCCACUAUUCACUCCGUAAAAUGAGAGACGCCGGCAUGAGGAAACUCUAGAAAUCGGUAGUCCUAAGCCCGGGACAAAUAGAAGUGCGGCCCUAGCCACAAGGGCUAACCGCUUAGCAGGCUUGGUAUCCUGCAGUAGUAGACCAGGUUGCCUAGCUUGAUAGCUAGCAGCUAGGCCAGCUGCUUCGCCAAUGUAGUACCACCUUGUUUGAGCAAGGAUCCCGGGACAUAUGUCAGCGGUCCCAGCGUUAACGCUAACUGCGUCGCAGGAUCCAGAUAUGAAUAGGAAAACGAUUAUAAACGUUUAUUAGCUAACAGGUUAGUUUGUUGUUAAAGUAAAACAAUCUGAGUCUCUAGUCUUGAACUGCUCACUCUGUUGAUGACGAGUCAAGCCUCUCAGAUCUGCAACGUCACAUACCAGAGAGAGUGUGAGACUCUGCAUGCAGAAUUCUGCAAAAACAUCCUCCAUGUACUAUGUAAAACACCAAAUAAUGCAUGCAGAGUAGAAUUAGGAUGAUAUCCGCUAAUUAUCAAAAUCCAGAAAAGAGCCGUUAAAUUCUACAACCACCUAAAAGUAAGCGAUUCCCAAACCUUCCAUAACAAAGCCAUCACAUACAGUGAGAUGAACCUGGAGAAGAGUCCCCUAAGCAAGCUGGUCCUGGGGCUCUGUUCACAAACACAAACAUACCCCACAGAGCCCCAGGACAGCAACACAAUUAGACCCAACCAAAUCAUGAGAAAACAAAAAGAUAAUUACUUGACACAUUGGAAAGAAUUUACAAAAAAAGGAGCAAUCUGGACUGCUAUUUGGCCCUAAACAGAGAGUACACAGUGGCAGAAUACCUGACCACUGUGACUGACUCAAACUUAAGGAAAGCUUUGACUAUGUACAGACUCAGUGAGCAUAGCCUUGCUAUUGAGAAAGGCCGCCGUAGGCAGACCUGGCUCUCAAGAGAAGACAGGCUAUUUGCACACUGCCCACAAAAUGAGGUGGAAACUGAGCUGCACUUCCUAACCUGCCAAAUGUAUGACCAUAUUAGAGACACAUAUUUCCCUCAAAUUACACAGACCCACAAAGAAUAUGAAAAAAAAUUUUUUGGAUAAACUCUCAUAUCUAUUAGGUGAAAAAUCACAGUGUGCCAUCACAGCAGCAAUAUUUGUGACCUGUUGCCACAAGAAAAGGGCAACCAGUGAAGAACAAACACCAUUGUAAAUACAACCCGUAUUUAUGCUUAUUUAUGUAUUUAUGCAACCCGUAUUUAUUUUCCCUUUUGUACUUUAACUAUUUGCACAUCGUUACACCACUGUACAUAGACAUAAUAUGACACCUGAAAUGUCUUUAUUCUUUUGGGACUUUUGUGAGUGUAAUGUUUACUGUUAAUUUAAUUUCACUUUUGUUUAUUAUCUAUUUCACUUGCUUUGGCAAUGUAAACAUAGGUUUCCAAUGCCAAUAACUUUAUUUGAAUUGAGUGAGAGAGAGAAAGAUAGAUAGAUAGAGAGACAGACAGACAGACAGACAGACAGACAGACAGACAGACAGACAGACAGACAGACAGACAGCAAGAGAGAGACACACACAGAGAAAGAGAGAGAGAAAGAAAGAGAGCAAGAGAGAGAGUCAGAGAGAGAGAGAGAGAGAGAGAGAGAGUGAGCGAGAGAGAGCGAGAGAGAGAGAGAGAGAGAGAGCUGGGAACUAGACAAAAACUUCCAUGGGACGUCUUUGGACACAGAAUGUUCUUGCAACGUGCCAAUGAAACGUGUCUAGAACUUUAAUAUCUUAUAUUCUGAGAACAUGGCAACCAUGUUCUGUGUAUGUUUGGUGUGACGUUGAUGGAAUGUUCUCCUAUACUUCAGAAAACUGAAAGAGAGAGAGAGAGAGAGAGAGAGAGAGAGAGAGAGAGAGAGAGAGAGAGAGAGAGAGAGAGAGAGAGAGAGGGAUGUUAAAAAAAUGUAAGUGGUAUUCAGUUUCUCUUCAUUCUUUUUCUUCCUGCAGGGCCAUGUUGUGUUUGACGCCCAGGGUUCUAGAAUGGCCUGGACUCUUAUUGAGCAGCUGCAAGGUACAGUACUCUCUCUAUUCCUCCUGUGUACAAUAAAAUCACAAUCAGCCAUGGAAAUUAAGAACAUGUGCCCAACUAGCCCGCCGGCUGGUGACAUCUUGUCAUUUUGAACAUUAAACAUCGGCAUUGGCACCGAUUUUGGAUUCAGGUAGUUCUGCUAGCGUGGCUGACCAGUGCCCAAAAUCCUUCAGUUCCAUCCCUGAGUCCAUAAUCAUGAGUAUCAACCACAUUCAGUGUUCUCAGAAAGUAUUCAUUCCCCUUGACUUAUUCCACAUUUUGUUGUGAUGUUGGAUUAAAUCAAUGUUUUUUUCUCACCCAUCUACACACAAUACCCCAUAAUGACAAAGUGAAAACUUGUUAUUAGAAAUGUUUGCAAAUUUAUUGAAAAUGAAAUACAGAAAUAUAUCAUUUACAUAAGUAUUCAAACCCCUGAGUCAAUACAUGUUAGAAUCACAGUUGGCAGCGAUUACAGCUGUGAGUCUUUCUGGGUAAGUCUCUAAGAGCUUUGCACACCUGGAUUGUAUAAUAUUUGCACAUUAUUUUUUUAAACAAUUCAAGCUCUGUCAAGUUGGUUGUUGAUCAUAGCUAGAUAGCCAUUUUCAAGUCUUGCCAUAGAUUUUCAAGCCAAUUUAAGUCAAAACUGUAACUAGGCCACUCAGGAACAUUCAAUGUAAUCUUGGGCAGGUAGCUUAGUGGGUAAGAGCGUUGUGCCAGUAACCGAAAGGUUGCUGAUUCUAAUCCCCGAGCCGACUAGGUGAAAAAUCUGUCGGUGCCCUUAAGCAAGGCACUUAACCCUAAUUGCUCAUGUAAGUCGCUCUGGAUAAGAGCGUCUGCUAAAUGACUGAAAUGUAAAUGUAAGCAACUCCAGUGUAUAUUUGGCCUUGUGUUUUAGGAUAUUGUCCUGCUGAAAGGUGAAUUUGAAUCCCAGUGUCUGUUGGAAAGCAGACUGAACCAGGUUUUCCUCUAGGAUUUUGCCUGUGCUUACCUCUAUUCCAUUUCUUUUUAUCCUAAAAAACUCACUAGUCCUUGCCGAUAACAAGCAUACCCAUAACAUGAUGCAGCCACCACUAUGCUUGAAAAUAUAAAGACUGGUACUCAGUGAUGUGUUGUGUUAGAUUAUUCCCAAACAUAACGCUUUGUAUUCAGGACAAAAAGUUCAUUUAUUUGCCACAGUUUUUUGCAGUUUUACUUUAGUGCCUUGUUGCAAACAUGAUGCAUGUUUUGGAAUAUUUUUUAUUCUGUACAGGAUUCCUUCUUUUCACUCUGUCAAUUUAGGUUAGUAUUGUGGUGUAACUACAAUGAUGUUGAUCCAUCCUCAGUUUUCUCCUGUCACAGCCAUUAAACUCUGUAACUGUUUUAAAGUCACCAUUGACCUCAUGGUGAAAUCCCUGAGCGGUUUCCUUCCUCUCCGGCAACUGAGUUAGGAAGGACGCCUGUAUCUUUGUAUUGACUGGGUGUAUUGAUACACCAUCCAAAGUGUAAUUGAUAACUUCUCCAUGCUCAAAGGGAUAUUCAAUGUCUGAUUUUUAUUUUUUACCCAUCUACCAAUAGGUGUCCUUCUUUGCAAGGCAUUGGAAAACCUCCCUGGUCUUUGAGGUUCAUCUUUGUUUGAAAUUCAAUGCUCGACUGAGGGACCUUACAGAUAAUUGUAUGUGUGGGGUACAGAGAUGAGGUAUUCAUUCAAAGAUCAUGUUAAACACUAUUAUUGGACACAGAGUGAGUCCAUGCAACUUAUUAAAUGACUUCUUACUCCUGAACUUAUUUAGACUUGCCAUAACAAAGGGGUUGAAUAUUUAUUGAGCUUUCAUUUUUUAUUGAUUUGUAAACAAAUAAAAAAACGUAAUUCCACUCUGACAUGAUGGGAUAUUGUGUUUAGGCCAGUGACACAAAAUUGAAAUGUAAUCAAUUUUAAAUUCAGGCUGUAACACAACAAAAUGUGGAAAAAGUCAAGGGGUGUGAAUACUUUCUGAAGGCGCUGUAUAUGCUUUAUAUACAGUACACUUUCUUCCUGUUUACACAAUGUAUAGUACCAUAAUCUUAAUCAAGAGUGUCCUCUUACAGUACGUUCUGCCAUUGCUUUCUGUGCCCAUAUCAGUUGCCAAGUGUAGAGUUGUAGAACUUGGUUUUAAUACUAUGCAAAUCUUAUAGAGCAGCUACAGGGUACAUUACUCUGGUCUCCUGCAAUGAAUGGAUAAAAUGAACAAUAAUUAUUAGAAGCAUAUCAUCGUUUUAUCACAUGUUCUGCCAUUGGUAUCUGUGCCUAUAAACCAAAUACAUUUGACAAGUGUAAAUUUAUCGAAUUCGGUUUUAAUUCUCCACCAAUCACAAUCCAUUUAUACAUAGCUGCCAAGUAUUUAAUUGGUAAGCAUAAAAAUACAAUAUCUUCCAUAUACUGAAUUUACUAACAAUAUGAGGGUUGUUAUCUCCACUGAAACCCCUCAUGUGUUGAGGCGUUAGGUUUCUGUGUGUGUGUGUGUGUGUGUGUGUGUGUUGAGGGGUAGGUGUGUGUGGUGUGUGUGUGGUGUGGUGUGUGUGUUGAGGGGUUGAGGUUUUGUGCUGGUGUGUGGGGGUGGUGUGUGGGUGUGUUGAGGGGUUAGGUUCUGUGUGUGGUGUGUGGUGUGUGUGGUGUGGUGGAGGGGUUGAGGUUUCUGUGGUGUGUGUGGUGUGUGUGGGGGUGUAGGUUGAUGUGGGUGGGGGUGGGUGUGGGGGUUAGGUUUCUGUGUGUGUGUGUGUGUGUGUGUGUUGAGGGGUUAGGUUUCUGUGUGUGUGUGUGUUGAGGGGUUAGGUUUCUGUGUGUGGUGUGUGUGUGUGGUGGUGGGUGUGUUGGGGGUAGGUUUCGGGUGGGGUGUUGAGGGGGGUUUGGUGUUGUGUGUGGGUGUUUUGUGUGGGGUGUUUUGGGGUGUGUUUUGGGGGGUUUUGGUUUUGGGUGUGUGGUGGGUUUUUGGGGGGUUUUUUGGGUUUUCUGGUGUGUGGGGGGUGGGGGUGUGUUGGGGUUUUUGUUGGGGGGGGUUGGGUUUUUGGGCCAGGAAAAUCUGUUCAGUAAGUCUCAUGAACAAUAAGGGUCUCAAUAUUGUCCCCUGGCGCAGCUGUACUUACUAGUUAUUUACUACUAGUACUGACUCAGAAUACAAUUAUAGCAGGAAAAAGAAAAUGAACAUGUGCAUAAAAAGUUAAUAUAGCUACUUGAAUAUUUCAAAUUAGCUUUUCUGAAAUGCAAUGAACCGAGCUUAUCUUCCAUGACCAGUGCUUUAGUUGAGCAGAAAAGCUGCUACAGUCAUGUUUAAAACAUCACCAUGCGGAGAGAGAGAGAGAGAGAGAGAGAGACAGACAGAGACGAGAGGGAGAGAGGGAGAGAUCGAGAGAGAGAGAGAGAGACAGACAGAGACGAGAGGGAGAGAGAGAGAGAGAGAGAGAGAGGACAGAGAGAGAGAAACAAUAAAGCAAUACACUACGGAAAAAGAAGGAACAGCAUGUCAGAAAUCAGCUCAAUGUAAUUGAAGAAUCCAUAGACUAACCACUUCUGGGAAAAUUGGAAAACACUAAACAAACAACAACACGAAGAGCUAUCUAUCCAAAACGGAGAUGUAUGGGUAAACCACUUCUCCAAUCUUUUUGGCCCUAUAACAGAGAACAAACAGCAAAAACAUAUACAUGAUCAAAUACAAAUCUUAGAAUCAACUAUUAAUGACUACCAGAACCCACUGGAUUCUCCAAUUACAUUGAAUAAACUACAGGACAAAAUACAAACCCUCCAACCCAAAAAGGCCUGUGGUGUUGAUGGUAUCCUCAAUGAAAUUAUAAAAUAUAAAUUUUUACAUUUUAGUCAUUUAGCAGAUGGUCUUAUCCAGAGCGACUUACAGUUUUUUAAUUUAUUUUAUUUAUUUCACCUUUAUUUAACCAGGUAAACCAGUUGAGAACAAGUUCUCAUUUACAACUGCGACCUGGCCAAGAUAAAGCAUAGCAGUGCGAUAAAAAAACAAACACAGAGUUACAUAUGGGGUAAAACAAAACAAAGUCAAAAAUACAACAGAAAUACAUAUAAUAUACAGUGUGCAAAUUUAGCAAGUUAUGGAGGUAAGGCAAUAAAAUAGGCUAUAGUGCAAAAUAAUUACAAUUAGUAUUAACACUGGAAUGAUAGAUGUGCAAGAGAUGAUGUGCAAAUAGAGAUACUGGGGUACAAAUGAGCAAAAUAGAUAACAAUAUAGGGAUGAGGUAGUUGGGCGGGCUAAUUUCAGAUGGGCUGUGUACAGGUGCAGUGAUCGGUAAGGUGCUCUGACAACUGAUGCUUAAAGUUAGUGAGGGAGAUAAGUGUCUCCAGCUUCAGAGAUUUUUGCAAUUUGUUCCAGUCAUUGGCAGCAGAGAACUGGAAGGAAUUGCGGCCAAAGGAGGUGUUGGCUUUGGGGAUGACCAGUGAGAUAUACCCGCUGGAGCGCAGACUACGGGUGGGUGUUGCUAUGGUGACCAAUGAGCUAAGAUAAGGCGGGGAUUUGCCUAGCAGUGAUUUAUAGAUGGCCUGGAGCCAGUGGGUUUGGCGACGAAUAUGUAGUGAGGACCAGCCAACAAGAGCGUACAGGUCACAGUGGUGGGUAUUAUAUGGGGCUUUGGAGACAAAACGGAUGGCACUGUGAUAGACUACAUCCAAUUUGCUGAGUAGAGUGUUGGAGGCUAUUUUGUAAAUGACAUCGCCGAAGUCAAGGAUCGGUAGGAUAGUCAGUUUUACGAGGGCAUGUUUGGCAGCAUGAGUGAAGGAGGCUUUGUUGCGAAAUAGGAAACCGAUUCUAGAUUUAACUUUGGAUUGGAGAUUCUUAAUGUUAGUCUGGAAGGAGAGUUUACAGUCUAACCAGACACCUAGAUAUUUGUAAUUGUCCACAUACUCUAGGUCAGACCCGUCGAGAGUAGUGAUUCUAGUCGGGUGGGCGGGUGCAAGCAGCGUUCGGUUGAAGAGCAUGCAUUUAGUUUUACUAGUGUUUAAGAGCAGUUGGAGGCUACUGAAGGAGUGUUGUAUGGAAUUGAAGCUCGUUUGGAGGUUUGUUAACACAGUGUCCAAUGAAGGGCCAGAUGUAUACAAAAUGGUGUCGUCUGCGUAGAGGUGGAUCUGAGAGUCACCAGCAGCAAGAGCGACGUCAUUGAUAUACACAGAGAAAAGAGUCGGCCCAAGUUAGUGAGUGCAUAAUUUUUUUUUUCUUCAUAUACAGACCACAAAUUCCAAUUGGCUAUACUUAAACUCUUUAACAUCAUCCUUAGCUCUGGCAUCUUCCCCAAUAUUUGGAACCAAGGACUGAUCACCCCAAUCCCCAAAAGUGGAGACCAAUUUGACCUCAAUAACUACCGUGGGAUAUGCGUCAACAGCAACCUUGGGAAAAUCCCCUGCAUUAUCAUUAACAGCAGACAAUGUACUGAGCAAAUGUCAAUUUGGCUUUUUACCAAAUUACCGUACGACAGACCACGUAUUCACCCUGCACCCCCUAAUUGACCAAAUAACAAACCAAAAUGCUAUACAAACUGAUGGAAAGUGGUGUUGGGGGAAAACAUACGACAUUAUAAAAUCCAUGUAAACAAACAACAAGUGUGCGGUAAAAAUGGGCAAAAAACUCACACAUUUCUUUCCACAGGGCCUUGGUGUGAGACAGGGAUGCAGCUUAAGCCCCACCCUCUUCAACAUAUAUAUCAACGAAUUGGCGAGGGCACUAGAACAUUCUGCCGCACCCGGCCUCACCCUACUAGAAUCUGAAGUCAAAUGUCUACUGUUUGCUGAUUAUCUGGUGCUUCUGUCUCCAACCAAGGAGGGCCUACAGCAGCACCUAGAUCUUCUGCACAGAUUCUGUCAGACCUGGGCCCUGACGGUAAAUCUCAGUAAGACAAAAAUAAUGGUGUUCCAAAAAAGGUCCAGUUGCCAGGAACACAAAUACAAAUUCCAUCUAGACAACGUUGCCCUAGAGCACACAAAAUAUGAUACAUACCUCGAACAAACACCAUUGUAAAUACAACCCAUAUUUCUGUUUAUUUAUUUUCGACUAUUUGCACAUCAUUACAACACUGUAUAUAGACAUAAUAUGACAUUGGAAAUGUCUUUAUGAUUUUGGAACUUCUGAGUGUAAUGUUUACUGUUAGUAUUUAUUGUUUAUUUCACUUUUGUUUAUCUAUUUCACUUGCUUUGGCAAUGUUAACAUACGUUUCCCAUGCCAAUAAAGCCCUUAAAUUGAAUUGAAUUGAAUUGAGAGGGAGCGAGAGAGACAGACAGACAGACAGACAGACAGAGAGCGAGAGAGCGAGUCCAGGUCUGUUUGUUUUCUGGUUCCUUUUAAUCCUUAUCCCCUUUACGUUAAUAUGUAUUUCUCAAAUCACCUUAUGUGCUUGUCUUAUUCCUUUUAUUUCAAUUGUUUAUGUUGACGUCCAUACCUACGCAUUGCGCAGUGCUGUAUCCAUGGCGAUUAGAGAGGGAGAAGUAAGAGUACUCAUAGUGGUGAAACACGGGUAAAAAAUAACUAGAAAUUGUUUCUAAGGGCUUUAUUUUGCCUUUGUUUUUUUAAUUUCCCUUCUUAGCCCGCCCCUUGUGGCUCCCUUGCAGCCUCCUCUGUUUCACAGGAAUGGUGUCGAUAGCAUCGUCUUAUCUCUGGCUACGUAAGGCUCCAGCUGCCUGUGCGGGAGGCAGGCAGUGA